GAUACGCCACUGAUAUGAAGCAACUUGCCGGCCCCGGCCGCCCUCCUCCCGAGCCACCUGACCUUGGAGCCACCUGACCUUGGAGCCACUCUACCUUGGAGCCACUCUACCUUGGAGCCACCUGACCUUGGAGCCACUCUACCUUGGAGCCACCUGACUCACAACAGCAUCAGAGCCGAGAGGGUCAGGACGUAUCUCUCACCACCACAACAUAACAUUGACGACCACCGGCACAGACUCGACCACCACAGUAUAUCACAAUGAAAGAUAUAUCGCAAAUUACCCUCAGGUCUGGUGCCGUGUUGCCUGUAGUGGGUUUAGGUACUGGUAAUAUUGGCAGCAGAGUCAGGAAGCCAGGUGGGUCUCGGGAGGAAGUCCAUACGGCCAUCAACGCCGCCCUCGAGUGUGGCUACAGACAUAUAGACACUGCCACGCUCUACCAAAACGAGGAGAUGAUUGGUGAGGUCCUGCAUGAAUGGCUCUCCUCUGGUAAGGUGAAGAGAGAGGAGCUCUUCAUCACUACUAAGCUGCCCAACAAUGGAAACCGAAAAGAGGAUGUGACCAAGUUCUUGAAGAAGUCACUGGAAAAACUACAGCUGUCUUAUGUAGAUCUGUACCUCAUUCACUGUCCUGUUGGCACUAAGAGUGAUGAUGACGAGGUGGCAUAUCCGCUUGACAGUGACGGAGCUGUCAUCCUCGACAUGACAACCGACCUCCUUGCCCUCUGGAGUGCGAUGGAAGAGCAGGUUGACGCUGGGCGAGCAAAAGACAUUGGACUCUCAAAUUUCAACAGCCAACAGAUAGAGAAAAUCAUGAAAGUUGCCCGCAUCCCACCAGCCAUUCUACAGGUGGAAGUCCAUGCAUACCUCCUACAGCGACCACUACGAGCGUUAUGUCAGCGGCACAACAUUACCGUGUGUGGGUUUAUGCCGCUUGGAGCACCACACCGAGCGAAGGAGACUGACGAGUUCCCUCUCCUAUUAAAUCAUCCAGUGGUGACCGAGAUUGCGGGUCGUAUCAACGUGACCCCCGCUCAGGUCCUUCUCUGCCACCUCCUACAGCAUGAUAUUGUUGUGAUCCCCAAGUCAGCCAACCCUCAACGCAUCAAGAAAAAUUGUCAGGUGUUUCAUUUUGAGUUGACCCCAGAGGACAUGGCAGCUCUCGAUGCACUAGACAGAGGCGCAGAGAGUCGAGUGAGCAAUUUACUCUACUACAAGGGAAUCACUCGGCAUCCAGAGUUUCCCUACCACCUGCCCUUCUAGACGAUAUGUGGUACAGGUAUACUGAAAGAGACCCCUCAUAACCCAUCUUCAGGGGGGAAUAAGUGCCCUGUUUUUAGUCAGGUAUUGAUGGGAAUGUUUUGUACCAGAUUUAUUUGAAAGGUAGAAUGUUUAUGAGAAAUGUUGUCUUAGGAUGGGAAUGUUUUGUACCAGAUUUAUUUGAAAGGUAGAAUGUUUAUGAGAAAUAUUGUCUUAGGAUGGGAAUGUUUUGUACCACAUUUAUUUGAAAGGUAAAAUGUUUAUGCUGGUGGGAAAAUUUAUCAAGAAAUAAAUAUAUGAUAGGAAGAAAAAAUUACUUACCCAUACCUAUAGAAUUAACUUCAACCCUUAAAUUGUGAUUAUGGAAAUACUUGGCUAUCAAAGUCUGUGUAAAAGGAGAUGAUAAAUAAACAAAAACAUUCUUAUGGAGUAUUGUUAGAGAUGUGUGUGUGUGUGUGUGUGUGUAAAGGCCAAACAUAGAACACCACUUAAUACAAGUCACAACUUAAGGGGUCAAAUACAUCAUCACUUUUUAUAAAAUUGCUGAGCUAUUAAAUGUGUAUUGUUUC